GGGAGGACGUGCAUAAGAAGCGUUUGUGUACUGCAUACUGAUAACGCAUACGAAGAUAAACUCGCCGUGAAAAACGACGAUAAAAAUAUCCACAGAGUCAUAUUUAUUUUCGAUACAAAAGGCGAUUAUGCGAGUUUUUUUCUAAGAAAAUAAUCAUCCUGUCAAGUAAGCAUCAUCAAAGCUCGUUAGUCAGCGAGAAAACAGGUAUUUUACAUUUUAAAACAGAGAAAAGAAUGGAGAGAGAGCUUCAGUGCAGCUUUAACAGCACAGCCAGCAUCUCCUCUCGCAAAUUCGCGCUGCAUUUCAAAUUUCGUUUUAAUAUGAAUAAAGUUCCUGUAUUAGUUUCAAUGACGUGUGCCUUGUGGUUGUUUAGCAUUGCAAAUCGAUGCGAAGCCGGACUCGUUGGCAAAAUUUCCUUCCGCGAAGAAAUCACUCCUGGUGUUCGAGAGCAUUUUGGAAAUUCUACCUCGGAUAGUAUUCAAACGAGCAGGAAAAUUAGAGAUGUGAUGGGAGAAGAUAAAAGUACGGAAAUUCCCUUGGAAGUCGAAAGUACGGAAGCCGAAGAUCCAGAAUUUUCCGAUUACGCAGACUCGCUACCAUCUUUUGCAAGCAUUAUAAAAAGUGAGCCAAUGUGUCCUGGGGGCCAGUCCUACACACUUGGCUCGUGUCGCGAAAUCGAGUAAACUGCGACGAAAAAGAAAUUAAUUAUGUAUCAUCAUUCCAUUAGCUGUAAUAAAAUGUUCUUUCAAACCCCAACUCA